UGCAUAGUUAAGGUACAGUGUUAGAUAUAAAAGGAUACUCAAGCUAUUAUGACUUCAUUUGCAAUUGGCUCUCUUACUUCAACCAGAAACAAGGCCAAAACCUUUUUCUAUCUCCUCUGCAAAACUCAAAUCAAAAUCGGUGACAACAACUCGUACGGUUCCAAUCAAGCAAAGAUGGUUAAUAAUAAAUCCGAGUUACAUCAGAAGAGUGUCCUUCAAAUCAAGCAAGAUGACAAGUUCUUCUGCAGGCUACUCUCAAAGGAAAGUUCCAUGUCCAACCCUUCUUUCAGAAUGGCCCUUGCUGUGCCAUUUGUGUGGGAAUCUCAGCCAGGCACACCCAAACACACAUUCUCAGAGGACACUCUCCCUCCUCUAACUCCUCCACCUUCUUAUCAUUUUAACUUCAAUGCCUACAAAAAGAAAGAGAAGAAGCACUCAAAGUCCAAACUCUUGCUGACUUUGCUACCAAAACUGAACCUCAAGAAAAUGAUUCUCUCAUCCUCAUACUCUUCAUGGUCGUCAUCAUCAAGCUCCUCCAAAGUUGUCCCUAUGGCCAAGUUUGGAAAGAAGAAGCUUUUAGGCUAUGGAUCAUCUAAUGAUAAUGAAGGAGGUGGUGCUGGUUCACCCUCUUCCAAAUUAUGCUUUACCAUUCCACGGGCCUCUAGUUCUUAAGGUACUCGUUGUUAUCAACGCUUGGCCUUGGAUCUGAAGAGGGCAAUCUGCUGCUUAUAUAGUUUUUCUUUGUAAAUUUUUCUAGCAUAUACCCUUUUAGAGGACGAUAUAUUUUCUAUGCUAGAAUUGCUCUUUGAGAGUUUUCUCCUCUCAAA